AUUCAACCUUGACAGAAUUUUAAUUUGCUAUUAGAAAUGCACUUUGUUCAGUUGUUACCGUCCCCUACAUAGUUCAGUGUGAUGGUUUCGUUACAGUCGAUUGACCACUAUGAAUUCAAAGAAAUAUUGGGAACGGGAGCCUUCUCAGAAGUCCGUCUUGCAGAGGAUCAGCGAAACCCUGGAUCAUUCGUAGCGAUAAAGUGUAUUCGCAAAAAAUACCUUUCUAAGUCUCAAAAUUCCGAGUGUGCUAUCAAGGAGGCUGAGUCACGCAAGGAGUCUCUCAACAAUGAGAUAGAAGUGCUGAGAAGACUCAGACACCCAAAUAUAGUUCAGUUGUUCGAUGUCUUAGAAGAUGCGGAGUGUUACUACCUUGUUAUGGAACUGGUUACUGGAGGGGAAUUAUUCGAUCGUAUUGUUCAGAAAGGUAGUUAUACUGAACGUGAUGCAAGUGCCCUUAUUCGACAAGUUCUGUUAGCUACUGAAUAUAUGCAUAGUCAAGGAGUUGUACAUCGAGAUUUGAAACCGGAAAAUCUACUCUACUUUAGUCCAGCUGAUGAUAGUAAAAUAAUGGUGAGUGAUUUUGGCUUGUCAAAAAUAGAAAACAAUGAGUCCAUCAUGGCUACAGCCUGUGGUACACCAGGUUAUGUUGCUCCUGAAGUUCUUAGUGUUAAUGAAGGCAGUUCCGGCUAUGGUAAAGAAGUAGACUGUUGGGCUAUUGGUGUGAUUGCAUACAUUUUAUUAUGUGGAUAUCCACCAUUCUAUGAUGAAAAUGAUCAUGAAUUGUUUCGUCAAAUACGAAUGGCAGAAUAUGAAUUUGAUUCCCCGUAUUGGGAUAAUAUAUCUGACUCAGCCAAAGAUUUUAUUAGUAAUCUACUACAAAAAGAUCCAAAAAAACGCUAUAGUUGUGUACAAGCCUUAGAACAUCCAUGGAUAGCUAGUAAUACAGCACUUGAUAGGGAUCUUUAUCCUUUUGUCAGUGAACAGAUACGUAAAAAUUUCUUAGCAGUAAAACGAUGGAAGAAAGCUUAUAAUGCAACAGCAGUACUUCAUUUAUUACGUCGUCUUCAAUUAAAUAAAAGUAAUUCAACAGCGGAAAAAUCAACUAAUUCCACUGAUUCUUUAUCUACAUUCACAUUUGAUGAAGAUAAAUUAGCAGAAAUACAAUGUAAACAAUUAAAAUCAAAUUCUAUUGAUAAACAAGAUAAAUUACCACCUAAAUUACAAACAUCAUGUUCAUCACCAUCAUCAUUAUCUUCACCUACUCGUCCUCCUGAAAUUAAACCAUUUUCAUUCAACAAUAUAACUGAUGAAAUUAAAAAUAUUGAGAAAAAUGAUAACAAUACAACUUAAUAUGAAUUAUAUUUAAGUGUCAAUAAAUUAUUGCCAAAAUUAUGAUCAUAUAUUAUUCUAAUUGAAAUAUAACAAUUAGAAAUUUGAUGAUGAUACUCCCUGGGAAUUAAUAAUCUCAAUCAUAAGUUAAAGAUGAAUCUAUGUGUAAAUAUGUCUAUUUGUGGUAAGAAUAUUUGUCAGUUCCUAGUUAAAAAUUUUCAUUUAACUCUUUUGUCUUGAGUAACAUUGGUUUUCCUCUUUGCUUCAUUUUAUAGUUACAAUGUAUCGUUACAUUUCUAGUCAUAUAUAUUUAUAUAUAGUUCCUCAGCCUACAUCAUAAUUGAAAUGAACUAUUACUCUAAUUGAUUUUUUUCCUACCUAUUCACUUCUAUUUCAUUCCUGUUGAGGAACAUAUAUAUCUAUAUGUAUACUAGAAGAACUUGUAAAACUAAUUUAAUUUGCAUUUAAUCGAAAUAUCUUUCCGUAUUUUUUCUUUCUUGAGUCAAAAUAGCACAUUAUACACAAAUGGCGCCAUUUUAUUCUUAUAUUACUAAAUAUAUAUACUUUCUUACAAUUAAAUUGGAAGAGAAAAAAAAAGAGAAGCAAAAUUUGAAAACAACCAGUAAAUAUACUGUGUACUAUCGUUAACUACUUACUGCUUAAACGUUCCAACCACAUCUAUAUAUAUAUAACAGAUAUUUAUCUAUUUUGUUUUGUUUUUUUUUGUUUUUUUAUUGUUACUAUAUCUAAGUAAAACGAUAUGUUGUUUUCUGUUUUGCCUUCAUUUUUAAACUAAGAAAUUUUGAGUAUAGUGGAGAAUUGUUUUUCUCAAUCCAACGAUUUAUUUUCAUCACAAUUGAUUGAACUUAUUUAUUUACAUUUCGAUUGUUUUCAUUAUUUUCUUUCCUUUUUUUUGUUUGUUUGUUUGAACGUAUUCAUAAAUAGUUUACAAUUAUAAUGAUUAAAUCCAUAAAUGAAUAGCAGCCUUCUUAUUAUUGAAUAAUAAUAAUCAUAACAACAAUAGUAACAAUCAAUAGUGUUCCCAUUUUCUUGUGACAAUUUAAAAAAUUCCCAUUCAUCUCAUGCUUUUUUUUUCUUUUCUCUUUUAAUUCACACCUUUUUUGUCAUUUAGGUUUAAUUGAUUCCACUUACCAAUGAUUAUUAUGGUCUGUUUUUCAGCGUUUUAUUUUCAAUAAAAUGAAUGGUUUCCAUGAACAAAUGAAAAACAAAAUAAACGAUCGAUCAUUAAAUUUCGCUGUUUUUUAUUCCCAAUUUUUUUUCGGUUUGAUAAUUCAAGUCAACAACACUUUUAUCAUUGUUUAAAUUGUUUUUGUUAUAUAUAUAUAUAGAUUAAAGAUGAAGGAAAAUGGAUCAUAUACAUGAUUGGUUUGUUUAGUUUAUUAAAUUGGUUUAGUGAUGAGAAGAAAAUUGUAUUAUUUCCAAAUGUUUGCUUUAUUCACAUGAGUUAACUAUAAAUGGUGUGAUAAAAAGAACAAUUAAAAACUAGUAUUCACAGAAAAAAAACAUUAUGGUUUUAAUGAUGGAUAGUGGCUAGCAUUGGAAUCCAGGACGCGCGUUUC